AGCUUAACAGCAUCCUGUAUAGUGGCUUGAUGCCAAAGCCAUCACUACUGACCAUUAUAACAAACCAAUUCCAGCUUGUAGGGUUGUCCUUCAUCAACCACUCUAUUUUGUUUCUCACUCCUCCUCGCGCUCAGUUCAAAUAUUUUUGUUUCUUGGCUUGUUCAUGUCGAAAUGAGAGACAGAAUGGAAAGGCUUGUUCUUCUUCCUUUCUCCAUUGGUUGCGUCUCUGAGUCAAGUGUGGCCAUAGGCGUGCACCAAACUAAAAGAGCAAAGACAGACACAAACUUAUCUGCAUCAAGAACACAAGAAGAAGACGAGGAGAGCUCAUCAAGCACAGAAAGUACGAAAAAUUCGUUGAAAUUGCUUGCUCUUUCAAAGCCCAACGUAUCCACUGGGUUUAAUAAGCUAGUCAAGGGUUUGAAGACCUUUCCUCAGUUAUUUGCGUACAAGGAAGAGAUGGAAGAAUUGGAAGUGGAAAUGGAAAUUGGGCUGCCAACAAAUGUUAAGCAUGUGACACACAUAGGGUGGGAUGACUCACCAAAUACUAACCCCGUUCAGGGCUGGGACAAUCUCAUUUCUACCGAUUUACUUUCUCUUCAAUCUGCAACUUCGAAGCAGUUCGAGCUUGCCAUAGCAGGACAGGCUAAUUCACCUCUUGUUAGGGCUUCGUCUGCUUAAUCCAAACAUGACUAUAGAGAUGACAGUGGAUAUUGUUGACCAAUUGUGAUGUUGGUGGUGGAUAUAUGUAUGUAUAUGUAUAUGGAAUUGCAACUUUAAGUGAAUGAGUGAAGCUUUACUGCCAUCAGCAUGAUGAGGAACAAUCCAUUGAUAGAAUUGAAUUUAAUUCUAUUUAAUUCA